AAUCACUCAUAGGUCUCUCUUCUCUUUUCUUCCUUAUUCUUGAAUGGUUUUCUCAGUAACUUAAUGUCGACCAAACUCAGUAUAAUUCUUGGCCUGAUUUUGUUCUCUGUCUCACCAUUUUCCGGCGACUGUAGAACUCUUUCCAGGAAACAUGAUCAUAACUCUUCAUCCCUUUACGGCUUUAAUUCCCAAGAUACGAUGCGUUUCGGUUCUGUUUCUUCUUCCACAAGCAAUGAUUGCGGUUUCUCCUCCAAGGAACAUGAUCCUGCUAAGGAACAUACCAGAGAAUCGGUGAAGCUUCGUUUAAGGCGCAGGGAGAUUAAACAAGAAAGAAAGAGAACCGCACAUUCAGUUGUUGAUCUUCAAAUCCAAGACCUCACAAGAAUUCAGACGCUUCAUGCACGGUUUAAGAAACCGAAGAAACAGACAAACGAGAGGGUUAAGAAGAAGAUUACCUCCGAUAUUUCUUUGGUGGGAGCUCCAGAAGCUUCACCGGGGAAGCUGAUAGCAACACUUGAGUCCGGUAUGACGCUUGGUUCUGGUGAAUACUUCAUCGACGUGCUUGUGGGAACACCACCCAAACACUUCUCAUUGAUUCUUGACACAGGGAGUGACUUAAACUGGCUCCAAUGCCUUCCUUGCUACGACUGUUUCCACCAAAACGGUGCCUUUUAUGACCCGAAAACGUCCACUUCAUUCAAGAACAUAACAUGCAAUGACCCUAGAUGCAGCCUCAUCUCAUCACCCGAUCCUCCAGUACAGUGCAAAUCAGAUAACCAAUCAUGCCCUUAUUUCUAUUGGUAUGGAGACAGGUCAAACACAACUGGAGAUUUCGCGGUUGAGACCUUCACCGUUAAUCUCACGACCACUGAGGGAGGAAGCUCAGAGUACAAGUUGGAAAAUAUGAUGUUUGGGUGUGGCCAUUGGAACCGAGGUCUCUUCAGUGGUGCUUCAGGUCUGCUUGGGUUAGGAAGAGGGCCACUUUCGUUUUCUUCUCAGCUUCAGUCUCUCUAUGGCCAUUCCUUUUCCUACUGUCUUGUCGAUAGAAACAGCGAUACCAAUGUAAGCAGCAAGUUGAUAUUUGGAGAAGACAAAGAUUUGCUGAACCACACAAACCUGAAUUUCACUUCUUUUGUGAACGGGAAGGGGAAUUCUGUGGAGACAUUUUACUAUAUACAGAUCAAAUCCAUUCUAGUCGGCGGCGAAGCUCUGGAUAUACCUGAAGAAACAUGGAAUAUAUCAUCAGAUGGUGCUGGUGGAACCAUCAUUGAUUCUGGGACAACCUUAAGCUAUUUCGCAGAACCUGCAUAUGAGAUCAUAAAAAACAAGUUUGCAGAGAAAAUGGAAGAGAACUACCCAGUGUUUAGAGAUUUCCCGGUCCUUGAUCCUUGCUUCAAUGUAUCUGGCAUACAGGAGAACAACAUCCAUCUGCCGGAGCUCGGGAUUGCAUUUGCAGACGGCGCAGUUUGGAAUUUCCCUGCUGAGAACUCCUUCAUUUGGUUGAGUGAGGAUUUGGUUUGCUUGGCAAUUCUAGGAACUCCUAAAUCUACAUUCUCGAUCAUCGGAAACUACCAACAACAGAAUUUCCAUAUACUCUAUGAUACAAAGAGGUCUAGGCUAGGGUUCACACCCACAAAGUGUGCGGACAUAUAACCUCAUGUAUUAUAAACACAAAGUAACUGU